AUGAGGGAAGUGAAGAAGGCUUUGAGUUUCAUUUUGACGGUAGAAUGUUGGAGGAUGGGUAUAUUUUGGACACUCUCUCUUGCCAUGUCUUACUUUCAGUUGUUUUUGCAAAGGGUUUUGACUAAAAAGCCUAAUGCUUAUCCUCGUUGCCAGCCGCAAAGAAUUGGGACUCAGAAACCCAUUUGCGUGAUCACUGGUGCUACGUCUGGUAUUGGCGCGGCUGCAGCUUAUGAUCUUUCAAAGGAGGGGUUUUAUGUUGUUCUUGUUGGACGCUCACUCCAAUUGUUAUCUAAGAUGAUAGAAGGGAUACAGAAACAAAACAAGGAUGUCCAUGUAAAAGCUUUUGAGGUUGACCUAUCAUCUUUCCAGUCAAUCUUGAAGUUUAAAGACUCACUUGAGAAGUGGCUAUUAGAUUCAGAUAUGCAUGUUUCCAUCCAACUCUUAAUAAACAAUGCUGGGAUACUGGCAUCUUCACAUCGUCUCACAGCAGAAGGCUAUGAUCUUGUGAUGGGGACAAAUUACAUUGGUGCCUUCUCUUUGACCAAACUUCUACUGCCGCUUCUCAAAAACAGUCCUGUUGGCUCACGGAUAGUAAAUGUCACCUCCUUUACACAUCGAAAUCUAUUUGAUGUACAGAUUGACAAAGAAACUGUUGCUGGGAAGAGCCUAUCAAGAUCAAAACAAUAUCCGUUUGCUCAUAUCUAUGAGUUCUCCAAAUUAUGUCUACUGAUGUUCUCAUAUCAGCUUCACUGGCAACUUAACUCGAUGGAUGAAUCUUGUCAAGUCUCUGUCAUUGCUGCCGAUCCUGGAGCAGUGGAAACCAAUAUCAUGCGAGAACUUCCUUCUUCAGUUUCCUGUAUGGCAUUUAUAGUGCUGCAGCUUCUGGGCCUUUUGCAGUCACCUGAAGAGGGGGCUAGCUCUGUUAUUGAUGCUGCUCUUGCUCCACCAUACUUGAAUGCUUUUAGUGUUCCUCCUCAGUCCUCAUCCUAUGCUAUAACAGGCACUGGUGGACUAGGUGGUGGUGGAAGUAAUAUCGGGUCAAUAGUAAAAAAUCAAAUAGUGAGGCAUUUCUCAAGAGCAAGAGCAGUGAAUGUGAGGAAGAUAAACCCUAAGGUUCCAUUCUCUGAAGCUGCUUCUAUUGCUCAAUCUAUUUAUCAAGUCAUCAAAGAACAUGGACCUCUCACUGUUGGCAAUACCUGGAAUCAAGCCAAGGAAGCUAAUAUUAGUGGAUUAAAUAGCAAAACUCACAUGAAGAUAAUGCUUAAAUGGAUGAGAGGGAGGAAGAUGCUGAAGCUGUUCUGUAACCCUAACAGCAAGAGGUUUCUGCACUGCACUUUACCAGAAGAACCAAGAACUGAAGAAUCAAUUAGUGCUCCAGAACUGAGUCCGAAGACCAGGAAGACCAAGAAGAAGUCUUCAGUAAAGAGGAAAAAGCAACGCAAAACCUUUUCUAUACAGAACCCUGAUCCUCUACCCCUCGUUGGAAGAUUUUUGUUACCUGGAACUGCAUGGUGUCCUGCCAAGAAAAUCACCUAUGGUCUGGAGAAGAAUAUAAAGAGGAAGGAGGUUAAAAUUGAAGGGAAACCAAAAUCGGGAAUCCAAUAUAUGGCCUUUACAAAUGAAGCUCCUGAGAGGAUGAUAAUGAAUGACGUGAAACGUUGCUGCCAACUCCUUGAAGUGAACACCAUAGAGGGAAGUAGCCAUGUUGGUUCCAGCAACAACUUUCUGCCUUGGACUUUACCUGAAGAUCGACAACCUGACCAAUCAAGCGGUUCCAGGGCUCCAGUUGAACAUAUGGGUCUUAACAAGCAUCUCGUAACUGUUGUGAUUGUUCAUCACCAAUUUGCUAAUGUAUUUAGACCUUUCUAUGCUGCAUCCUCAUUCCCAUCUGCUGUCAUUAUCUUUUAA